GAGGAGGGGGGUGUUUGGGCGGAGCUACGGUCUGAGGUCCAGGUGGUCGACUGCGUAAAGAAACGUACCGAACACUUUGACGAAGAAGUGAGCGUCAUUAAAAAAAAAGCCAGCUCGACCCUGUAGCUCCUGGUACCUGUGUGAAUGAAUAAGCUGUUUCAGAGACAGAGACAGCCCGGUGGUGCGUCGCAGUAAAGCUUAACGGGAACCAGCAAUUUUCACGGCUUCACUCUCGUUUCUUUUUUUGAGCGAAGGAGGCAACUUUCUCUAUCAGGAGCAAGACGGCUUGAAUCGGCGACAAGUGGAGCUAUGUUCAAGAAAAGUAAGAGUAAAGUGCUGGUGGAAUAUGCGUCAGAGGAAGACGACAUGUCCUGGCACUAUCAUCACUCCUACAAGGACAAAGAUGCAGAAGGAGAGGAAGAGGAGGAGGAAGCUUUGACUGCAGUAUCCAAGGAGGCCAAGGUGAAGAAAAUCAUGUCAAAAAAGGAGAGGAGGGAGAAGAAGAUGUUCUCCUCUAAAGAUGAUGAGCACUUCUUGUUGACCGGGGUAAAGCUGACUGACCGCAGAGGGUCUCACAAGAAAAUCAAAGAUGAUGAAAAAGAGAAGGAGAAGAAGGACAAACAAGAGAAGGGCCACUGUUUCUGGGAGAGUGUCACCAUGACCAUGAGGCAGAUCUCACCUGCCAAAAAACUGGAGAAGAUAGAGGGCUGGGAGCCGCCUCAGCUGGCCUCACCCACUGAGACUGUUACGGAAGAAACCCAGAAUGACAACAGCAAGAAAGCAGACUUGACUGUAUCUUUCCCUGACUCUCUAAACCACUCAUUAGAAAUAUCUUCCUGGGGUGGGCGGGGUCUCGAGGAGGACUCGUCCCGCUAUGCUAACCUGACGGACUCCAAGGAUUCGUCGGCCGCAAUCACAUGGACAGCACGCGCCAAAGUCAAGCUGGCCGGCAUCAGCAGGAUGAGCAGAGGGAUUGUGUCAGAGGGGGCGUGGGAGGGGUUUAAAUAGUAGAGAUUUGAACCCUGAAACCCCUGAAAAGUCGUUACAGAGGAUGAAGACAUGAAGCGUGCUCGUGUCUGGAGGUAACCAGUGAAGGCAACAGGUGUUGAGAUGCUGUAGUCAAACCCUGAAAACAACACUUGCAGUUUGUCAUUUUCUGGCUUUUUGCCACUUUUACAUCACUGACAAACUGUAAUCUAAGACAGAAAAGCCUUAAACUACUGUACUAUUUAAACUGUGAUACCCACUGGCCUGGCAUUGAAUUAUUUUAUAUUGCCAAUGAACGACAAGAGUGAUUCUUUAUGUAGUUAUUAUUCUAUGGAGUCAGUAAUUAUGCAAACCUGCCACUGAAGACUACUUCAUUUCUGUCUAUGCAGUCAUAAGAUCCAGUUCAAAGCCUUAACUCAUACAUCAAUAAUGAGCCUAAAAUCUGUGCAGUCAUGAAUGAAGUAAUGCAGUACUUUAUAAAUCUGGAUAAGCAGCAUGCACGUGUUUUAAUUUCAGAGAAAGUGAGUUUAUGGAUGCACAAUCCUAAAUUUGCUGAGUUUGUUAAUACGAUUUGUAGUGAUGAAAAUUUAAAGUCCAAAAUAUACUAUUUCUUAAGAAAACUGUUGACUCCACACACUGAGAAGUGCCUUUGAUUGACUUCAUGUGUUUGUUGUAUAUAUGACUCAGACCAAAUCAUCUUCUGAGUGCAAACCUGCUGUACUCGUCAUAAUCUGCACCCAGUGCUGCAGACACUUCCUGGUUUUCAGGUACAAACCAGUGUGCCUGGAUGUCACUAGCAUCACCAACAGAACAGAGGAAAAAUCUCUGUCUGCUGCAUUCGAAAAGCACUGGUCAGUUCUUUAAUGCUGUUUGCAUAUCUGUAUGUUGUAUUGCAAUGAGACAAUGUAGAGUAAUUUCAUUUUUCAUGUCCAUUUGAUUUCUCUUGUAGGUGAAUGAGGAAUUGCUUGUGUCUUACUUCCUUUGCUUUGCUUGUAUCUGUUUACUGAAUUCUUUGUGCCUGAAGUCUGCUUUAGUGCACAGAUGCAAGUCAACUUCCAGGGACACAUUUUCUCUAGUAGAAUAAAGAUUUAGUCUCAA